UCCAACUAUAUUCAUGAUGAUGUUGCCUUCUCCAUUCUAUCAAAAUUACCUAUUAAAUCUUUAAAGCGAUUUCGAUGUGUACACAAAUCAUGGUCCCUCUUAUUUGAAGACUCUAGUUUCAUGACUAAGUAUCGCAACAAUUUCUUAUCCAACACUCCUUCUUAUGACGGUGAUACAUCUCUCCUCAUGAAUAUACGUUGUUAUGAGUUGUAUUCUCUAUCCGGUGAUAGGUUCGAAAACAAAGUCAAAUUAAAUUGGCCAAAUCCAUUUUCAGAGGGAAACUCUAGGUUUAAUAUUUGUUGUUUUGGCAGUGCUAAUGGUAUACUUUGUCUCAGUUACAAUAACUAUGGUGGUCGAAGAAUUGUUUUAUGGAAUCCAACUACGGAGAAAUUCAAGGUUAUUCCUCCCAAGUUUGGUGUUAGUGUUACUCUUUAUGGAUUUGGUUAUGACAAUGUUGCAGAUGACUAUAAGGUGAUUCGUCAGGUAAAAUUGCCAACGAUCUUUCAUCGUCUCAACAAUGAUAUCUUAUUCGAUAAAGAUUCAUUUUUUCUCCACUGUUGGGAGAUUUAUAGUCUAAGAAGUAAUUUGUGGAAGAAACUUGAUUUCAAUAUGCCCAAUUGUAAUACUGAUAUAGUGUCUUCUUUAAAUGGCCAUCUCCAAGUGUAUAUGAAUGGAAUGUGUCAUCGGGUGUGUGAAUAUUAUAAAGGAAGAGAACCUUUUGUAGGAAAUUUGGUGUCAUUUGACUUAAACAAAGAGACGGUCUCCGUCACAUCUAUACCGUCACACGUUACACUAGAUUGGACACAAUUAACAGCCUUAAAUGGCUCCAUUGCCUUGGUCUCUUCAACUAAAAAGGCGACACUUUUUCAUAUAUCAAUUUUGGGUGAAAUCGGUGUGAAGGAAUCCUGGAUCAAACUCUUCAUUGUUGAGCAACCUUGCGUUGGUUUUCCUAUCGGAGUGGGUAUGAAAGGGGAAAUAUUCAUUCAAAAUAUAGAUGAUGAAAUAGUUUGGUUUGACUUAACUACCAAGAUGAUUAAGGAGCUUGGUCUUAAAGGAAAAAGAAUGGAAUUUCUAAGUGGCUAUCCAAUUGCAAAUGUCACAAUUAUUAUCAAGAAUUUGGCAUGCACUUUCUAACUGCCAAGGCUAUUUGUUUUCCUUUUUUUAACAUUGCAUUUUCUUCAUUGUAGUUUCUGAACCUGAAUAUUGUAGCAU